AUGAAGGAGAGGCUGUGUUUGGAAGUGGAGAGGCUCGGGUUGAGUGCGGUGAUCAUGGGAAGCAGGGGAUUGGGGGCGUCGAGGAGGAGCACGAAAGGGAGGCUUGGGAGUGUGAGUGAUUACUGUGUGCAGCACUGCGUGUGCCCAAUUGUGGUGGUGAGGUAUCCAGAUGAGAAAGAUGGGGGCUUUGCUAAUGCUGCUGGCAUUGGCAAUGGGGGUUCAGCUAAGGCCGUCGACAAGGAUGACUUGAGUCUGCAUUCAGUGCCUGAAGAGGAGCCCGAGUACCAUGAUGCUUCAGACAAAACUACAAAUAUGGAGAAGACUUCUUGA